AUGGAGAGCGACAUUAUAAACAACCAGGUGGUCCAGGCGCUCUUCUGCGUCCUCUACACCAGCAUAUUCGCGCUGGGCAUCAUGGGCAACGUGCUGGUGUGCUACGUGGUGGGCCGCAAUCGCGCCAUGCAGACCGUCACCAACUUGUUCAUCGGGAACCUGGCCACGUCGGACAUCCUGCUGUGCGUCCUCUGCGUGCCCUUCACGCCACUCUACACCUUCCUCGGCACGUGGGUCUUCGGCAGCGCUCUGUGCCGCGUCGUAGCCUUCGCCCAGGGGACCAGCGUCUACACGUCCACGCUGACGCUGACCUCGAUCGCCGUGGACCGCUUCUUCGUGAUCGUGUACCCUCUCAAGCCGCGCAUGAAGCUGUCCACGUGCGUGGCCAUCAUCUGCUGCAUCUGGCUGCUGUCGGUGGUGCUGACCAUCCCGUACGGCAUCUACACGGUGCUGCGUUCGGACCGGCGCGCCUUCUACUGCGAAGAGUACUGGCCGACGGAGCGCGCGCGACAGGUCUACGGCGCACUGACCGCCACGGUGCAGUUCGCGCUGCCCUUCCUCGUGGUCACCUUCUGCUACGUGCGCGUCUCCGUCAAGCUCGGCGACCGCGCCAGGAGCAAACCCGGAAGUAAGAAUUCGCGGCGCGAGGAGGCGGACCGCGAGCGCAAGCGGCGCACGAACCGCAUGCUCAUCGCCAUGGUCACCAUCUUCGGCGUCUCCUGGAUGCCACUCACCGUGCUCAACCUCACUAACGACGUGUACAUGUCGACCGGCCGCUGGGAGUACUUCAACCUGUGCUUCUUCGUGGUGCACGCCCUCGCCAUGAGCUCCACCUGCUACAACCCCUUCCUGUACGCCUGGCUCAACGACAACUUCCGCAAGGAGUUCGAGCAGGUGUUGCCCUGCUUCGGCCAACAGACGGCGGACGGUGACGUCACUAACGGCCCCGGUGGGGGCGGAGCUGGUGGGAAAGCGCUGCUGCCGCGGCGGCCGGAACUCGUCGCCGACGUUCCUCUGAAGAGCCAGCAGGGACCUGGGGUGACGUCAGUGGCGUCCACGGCGAAUGUCAUAUACUCUAGUCGCGACGAGGAGGUGCAGCUCCAGAUGGAAGGCGCCUUCGUUGACGUCCAGGCGGAGAACAACUUCCUUACCGGAGUCCUGUAG